UUGAUCUUCAAGUUGGAGUGAGGAGAAGAGCCAUGGAUGGUGGAUGAAUGCUUGAAUCUGAGCCUUUCAGUGGUCAUGAAAAGGGAUGACCUGAUUAGGAUCAACCAGGAAAGUCAGGACAAAAAUCUGAAUCAGGAUUUUAUGAAAAAUAACAAGACAUCAGCUCUCAAGAGAAUUGAAUUAAGAAAAACACUUAGUUUAAAUUCAAGCCAUGUUCCAACACUGAUUAUUAAAAAGGGAAUCUAUUCAGGAUUGAAGCCUGAGGAAUGCAAUAAAUGUCACACUGUGUAUCCCCCCAGUGGGCCUGAUCAACUACAGGCUGGAGAGAAAUUUGAUAACACUAAGAUACCUGGAAAAUCUCUCCAGUUCUGUGAGCCUCUUAGCCAGCUUGACAAUAUUCACAUCAUGAAGCAGCCAUUUGGACCCACUGGACAAGCAAAAGUCUUCACAAGAAAGAUGUUCUGUAAAUCUGAGAGGGUUCAUAUGGCAGAAAACUGUAAUAAGUCAACUGUCACUUUUGGAAAAGCAACGCAAAUAAAAAAGCUAUCCAUGAAAAUUCUAGCCUCAAUAUGCAUCAACAAACUCACACAAGAAAGAAAUUUUAUAAGUACAUUAUGUAUGUUGAACCUGUCAUUCACCAGUCACAUCUUGCAAUAAACCAGAGACUAAAUACAAGGGAAAAACUUUACACAUGUAAACCUUGUGGAAAAUCACUCAGUUUUAAUUCACCUUCUGAAUGUAAUGACUGUGGAAAAGCCUUUAGACAAAAUUCAGUCCUCAGGAAACAUCAGCAAAU